AUGAUCGUAUUACUGUUGGGCCGAAAUGGUCUUGACGAUUUGAAUUCCAGAGAGAAACCGGAAUCCUUCCUGAAGAUUCUUCCAGAUGCUGUCGGUCUUAAAAUAUCGCAAGGGCUUCUAUCGACCAAACAAGCAGAAACCGUGGGAACAUACACUGAUGCAGAAAACGUUCUGGGUAAUAUUCUCAAACGUACCAUAAAUUAA